UGUUGCUGAACGCUCUUGAAGAGCGCUGUGUUUGUACCGCUCGCCAUUUACCGCCCGUUACUCCAGCCGGUUGUGCCUACUUUGUGCUUCUAGUUUGUUGUGACACUUUUCCGGAAUCGGUGCCCGUUAUCGAAGCGUGUAUAGCGUUACCAUCAAUUACCUGUGGGUUUUUCGGUGUUAAUGAAAAAGAGUGCGCGAAGAGACAUCCGAAAUGGCUACGCGCUUUAUGGAUAUGGUGAAGCUGACCUUUAAGGUGCUCAGUUUUAAGUACGAACAGCGCAAGUUGGCCACUGCAAUCUAUUCUGUGAUAAAGACCAAGCUGGGACCUGUGCGCGGAGUGAAACGGAACACAAUCUGGGGAGGAAGCUACUACAGUUUUGAGAAGAUACCCUUCGCCAAGCCGCCAGUGGGAGCGCUUCGAUUCAAAGCCCCCCAGCCAGUGGAGCCAUGGGACCGGGAAUUGGACUGCACUUCGGCGGCAGAAAAGCCCCUGCAGACACACAUGUUUUUCAGGAAGUACGCGGGCUCUGAAGAUUGCCUGUACCUAAAUGUAUAUGUCAAAGAUCUGCAACCGAAUAAACUGCGUCCCGUUAUGGUUUGGAUCUACGGAGGAGGAUUUCAGGUUGGAGAAGCCUCCCGAGAUAUGUACAGUCCCGAUUUUUUCAUGUCGAAGGAUGUGGUUAUAGUCACGGUGGCCUAUCGACUAGGUGCUCUGGGCUUCCUUAGCUUGGACGAUCCUCAAUUGGAUGUGCCCGGAAACGCCGGUCUCAAGGAUCAAAUCAUGGGCCUUCGCUGGGUGCAGCAAAAUAUCGAAGCUUUCGGUGGUGAUCCCAACAAUGUAACACUCUUUGGCGAAAGUGCCGGAGGAGCCUCCACUCACUUCCUCACACUAAGUCCCCAAACCGAGGGACUCAUCCACAAAGCUAUCGUGAUGUCGGGCAGUGUUCUGUGUCCCUGGACGCAACCGCCGAAAAACAAUUGGGCCUAUCGUCUGGCCCAGAAACUGGGGUACACUGGUGACAAUAAGGACAAAGCCAUUUUCGAGUUUCUGCGAUCAGUGAGUGGCGGGGAAAUUGUCAAGGCUUCCGCCGCAGUCCUCACCAAUGACGAAAAGCAUCAUCGGGUUUUGUUUGGCUUUGGACCGGUUGUAGAACCCUAUACCACCGAUCACACGGUGAUCGAUAAGUCGCCCCACGAGGCAAUGCAGAGUAGUUGGAGCCACAGGGUGCCCAUGAUGUUCGGAGGCACCAGUUUCGAAGGCCUGCUCUUCUACCCAGAGGUUUCAAGGCGUCCUGCCACCUUGGAUGAGGUGGGAAACUGCACAAACUUACUGCCGAAAGAUCUAAGCCCCAAUUUGGAUCCCAAACUACGAGAAAACUAUGGCCUGCAGCUGAAGAAAGCCUAUUUCGGCGAUGAGUCCUGCAAUCAGGCCAACAUGAUGAAGUUCCUCGAACUCUGCUCGUACCGCGAAUUUUGGCACCCUAUAUACAGGGCAGCUUUAGCUCGAGUCCGCCAGUCCAGUGCACCAACCUAUCUGUACCGAUUCGACCACGAUUCUAAGCUAUGCAACGCCAUUAGGAUCGUCCUUUGUGGCCAUCAGAUGCGAGGUGUUUGCCAUGGCGACGAUCUCUGCUAUAUAUUCCACAGCAUGCUGUCACACCAAUCUGCCCCCGAGUCCAUAGAACACAAGGUGAUCACCGGAAUGAUCGACGUGUGGACGGCUUUCGCCGCCAACGGUGAUCCAAACUGCGAAAGCAUUAAGUCCCUGAAAUUCACCCCCCUCGAAAACGAAACGGAUUUCAAGUGUCUCAACAUUGGCGAGCAGUUUGAAAUGAAGGCACUCCCUGAAUUGCUAAAGAUUGAAACUGUUUGGAACAAUUUUUAUGCCCCAAAUGAACUAUAGAUGCAGUGCAUCAAUAAGAGGAUUUGAAAGCUUUAACUGUCUUAAAUGCAUGAAUUUGGAUGAUCUUAGAUUGUGUGAAUACGUUGUACAUACGUUUUGGUUAUUUAAGUGUUUGAGAUGUUUGUUGUUCAAUUUGAAAAUGCUGUUUUAGGUUUACCAUGACAUAGAAUUAAUUUCACAGGGCACAAAAUUAAUAAAAUAAAUGUUUUACAACUACAAAAAA